CGGUCAAGGAAGCUGGAGAUGGCUUUUUGCCGGCCCGGUGUUUUACACCACACAUUCCAUCGCUCCCGUCUUCGAGCGUAUUCGAAACCCACCUCAUCGUUCAAAAAUUACCCUCCUACCUCGUGCAAAUUUGCUGAUCUGCCACUCCUGCAACGGAAGCCUCUUCAUCAACGUCGUCAUCGUCCAUGGAAGCUCCUCCAGAAGGUUAUCGUAGGAAUGUUGGAAUCUGUCUCAUAAAUCCUUCCAAGAAGAUUUUUGCUGCUUCGAGGCUGGAUAUACCAGAUGCUUGGCAGAUGCCGCAGGGGGGCAUUGAUGAGGGUGAAGACCCAAAAGUUGCAGCCAUGCGGGAACUAAAAGAAGAGACAGGAAUUAGCUCAGCAGAAGUUAUUGCCGAGUUGCCUUGUUGGUUGACAUACGACUUUCCACCUGAGGUUCGGGAGAAACUUAGGCAUCAAUGGGGAUCUGACUGGAAAGGUCAAGCACAGAAGUGGUUUCUCCUUAAAUUCACUGGGAAGGAAGAAGAAGUUAAUCUUUUGGGGGAUGGAACUGAGAAACCCGAGUUUGGCGAGUGGUCGUGGAUGUCACCAGAACAAAUAGGUGAACUUGCUGUGGAUUUUAAGAAGCCUGUUUGCAGGGAAGUUCUGGCUGGUUUUGCCCCCCAUCUUCAAGAACAAGAAGCUAUUUCUCAAAUUUCUGCAUGAUUAAAGUACACAUGCUGAUUACUUGUGUUCAAAGGCCAGAACAAAUCGACCAUGAGUUGCUCGUCUGGUUAACAGCUUGGAUAUCCCACUUUGGCAGCAAUGUUUUGAUGUGAUUGUAGUCAAGCAUCCUAAAGCUAUCAAUUUUCUUUUUCUUCAUUAUGCAUAUGCGGCACAUGUUGUAAGAGGCAUUGCUUUUCCAGAUGUUAAAAAUGAACUAAAUAAUUUCCAUUCUGGAAUAAAUUAGCCAGUUUCUUAUU